UUGGCGCAUCACCAGGCAGGCGCUGCCAUCUUCCUGUCAGCUGCUUCAUUUCUUCUCUCUCAGAAAGAGAUCGAAACGACAAACACAACACACAUCUGUGCAAUAUAGGGGGUCCCUCACGCAAAGGCGCUAUUGCACGGCGUAGGCACCGCUGCUUGCGCGAAGACAGUUCCCACUCCGGCACGGGUUCAGGCGCUGCGAUUCAGGAAUUCCGCGCGGGUUUUCGCCCCAGUUUUUAUAUGUUUCUUCUUUUCUUUCUGGAAAAUAUUGGCGUCGUUCAGAUUUUUUGCCCGUGGCAUCUUUUCCUGCCACGUUGCUUUAGCUUUUUCUGCCGUUCCGCGUGCGUGUGAUGAUCUGACGGACUGGAGAGGCAGAUGAAGCACCACCUGUUCUGUGACGUCUCGCGAGCCCUCGUGUCCGACCCCCAGGCCUUGACUUGUUCGGUGCAGACAUUCCCCUCGACUUUGCACACAUCUUACUGCAACGAGGCCUUUGUGGCCGUCAUUCCGAAUGACAAAAAUCGCAUCUGCUUCUAUCCAUUCUGAUGCAGACGCGCUCUGCUUCUCGUGCGGCGGCGGCCGCUGCUGCGGGCGUGUGCGGAGAAGAAGCGAGUGAGACAGAAAGUCCCCGGAAAGGAACAAGAACUGUCCGCCGCAGUAAAUCGACCAGACAGGACGGAGGGACGGCUCGUCAACACACGAACUCUCGAGAAGAAGCAAAUUCUGGCGACGCAGACUGGUAUUCGGAAAAUGUCCAGAGCACUGCGGUGAACAGCAACGCCAGGCCGACUACUCGCAAGAGGGGGGGGAAAAACCACCCUCUUUCGGCGACUGCUGAAGCGGUGGUGGACGAAGAGGGAACAGCGAAGAAGACCAAGAGCAAGAGGGGAGCUUGCUCCUCUGUUUGCAUCUUUUUCCUUUCUCUCACUUUCCUCCUGUGUUUGGUCGUCCCCCUUCUCUCCUCCUUCGCCCCGGAAACCUUGUCAGCCUUCCCUGCUGUCUCAAAAGCUGUCGACAAGUUGCCUGCGAAUAUUUCGUCGCUUUUCUUGCACCUUUCUGGAAAGGCAACCUCUUCGCCUGCGGCCGUUGACUCGGAAGACGCGAAUCAGGUAGAGGAAUUCGCAGGUUCCAGCGAACGAAAGCCUGCUACUCCGGACCAGCCUCGUUCGGCGGGAGCACAGAAACACAACGCCUCUCCUAAAGCGGACGCGUCAUCCCGCUCGGCAAUCCACACAUCACACAGCAACAUUCCAAAACAACACUCCUCAAACAGCAAGAAAAUGGCGCCCCUUGCGUCUCUCCAGCACCAAGUUAUCAAACCCGGUUCGGGUUCUCCACUCCAAAGAGGUCAAUCGGCCACUGUGCACGCUACGGGGAGCGUGCUCAAGCCGGACGGCACUACUCAGAAAUUCUGGUCGACAAAGGACCCUGGCCAGCAGCCGUUUACAUGGCAAGCUGGCAUCGGCCAGGUCAUUGCCGGUGGGGAUCAAGGCGUUCUUGGCAUGACAGUCGGCGAGACCCGACGUAUUUCCAUCCCUGCCAACAUGGGAUACGGCGCGAGCGGCUUCCCUGCAUGGGGUAUUCCUCCGAAUGCAGACCUCCAGUUCGAGAUCGAGUUGCUGCGCAUGCAGUAAUGAAUCCUCUUUUGUUCAAUUGUUUGUCUAAGCAUGCACAUCUCAAGACUCCUUUCACGCGAGUAAUUUUAACUUUAUCUUGGCGAUACUUGCUGUCAUCCUAUGUCAAAUCGACAUCUGCCCCGAACGCACUAGGGAUGUUGACUCCAGAGAUGCAUGUGCGUGGAUAUAUCGACACUCACCUGAGACAGCAGGGGCUUACUAAUUGCCCUCUGCAAAGUAUUUGAAAUGGACAAGCUUAAGUAGCCUCGUAAAACUCUGCCGACUAACCUGGCUGUAUCGCGUUUCGUCACUCAGUGCACUACACAACUCUUCAAGCUACCUACUGCUGUAAUGAUGAUGGACGAAGUACAUCAGAUACAUUUUUCAUCUACUGCGCAACAUCCGAUCAAGACACAUCUACUAAAGAAGUUCCCACAACUGAGGACUUUCCUGAGACCAGGAACAGCAAGACCUCCAAUAACUCCAUCAAUACUCUCAAGAUUUAGAACCGAC